AUGGCUAUCCUAGGAUUACGCUUUCUGGUGCUUAUACUUUUUAUCAACUGUAUUCAAUGUCGAAUGUUAAGACUCAAUUCCUCUGAUGAUUUGAUCUCCGAUGGAAUUGAUCGUCUUGACAAUCAAUCUCCUGUUCAUGGUGCAAAUGUUUCUAGUUCCUCCGCAAACACUUGCCAGCACCAAUAUGGCUUCCUACCAUGUGCAGAAAAUGCCGGAGGAUACAUUUUUCAAAUAGUGAUCUAUCAGGGUCUACUUAUAUUUGGAGAAAAGCAGCUGAGCACAGGGACCAAGGUGCUCUUUAAUAUUCUUGGUACUGGCAAAAUUGUUGGUAUUAUUUUCCGAAUCCUGGUGGGAUUACCGGCAAUGUUGAUGAUGAUUGUAUCUGGAAUUUUCAGUAGCAAAGAGGAUGCUCAAGCCACGGUGUCACUUGGAGUUGGCAUUUAUGCUGGAAUCACUGUCUUUACGCUUACACUGCAGUGGGGUAUAUGCUUAAUUUUUGGCAGGAGAAAGUUGCCAAAGGAAUCGGUAUCUGAUCAUACCGAAGAAGCCUGGACUACUUCAAAUUGUUUGCUAACCAAAGAAGUCGUCUCUGACUUAAAAGAUACUGGUGUUAAAAUCGACAAAGAGACUCGUUAUGCAGCUGGGAUUAUGCUUCUGUCUUUGAUUCCAUACAUUAUAGUGCAAGUAGCCGAUGUAUUCAAAACAACGUUUGGAAGCCACGUAGUGAUUUUGAUAGCACUCAUUGUGUCAUUCGCAUCGUUGCUGUUGUAUUUUGCCUACCAGGUUAUGAAUCCUUGGAUUCAGCAAAGAAGCUUAGACUAUUCAAAGUAUGAGAUACUGAGGACAAGUUUUCUGCAGCACAUGCAACAACAUGGAAAGCUCGUUGAUGAAGACGGAAAACUCAACAUUCCUGUCAUCAGAAAUUUAUUUUCUGAAACGGAUAAAGAUGCAAACAAAUCUAUUACAAAGGGUGAAAUGGAAAGGUUGAUGCUUGAAAUAAUCAAGACAGGGGACGUGAAGGUUGACAAACAAUUCGCUGUUACUGAAGUAAUGAGAGUAUUUGAUUUUAACAGUGAUGAGACAAUCAACUAUCAAGAAUUCGUCAGUGGUUGCACAAAAUGGAUAACUGAAACCAAACAGUUGACAAAAAGCGGCAAUUCAUUUUCAAGAGAGAUUACUCACGAGCUUGUUAAUCAUAAGAAAGAAGAUGAUCCAGAGGAGAUUGAUAGAAUAAUGUCGAAAAUUUUAAUUCAUGCUGAAACUAGAUUACUUAAAGCAGAAUCACUUAUCACAGAGGACGGAAACCCGAAUAUUGAAGGAAUUAAGAACCUAUUCAAGCAAUUUGACAUGGACAAUAACAACGAGAUAUCAAAAACUGAACUAGAGAAAUUAAUCCGUACAGUCAAAUUCGGAGAAUUUCAGCCGAAUUAUGAGGAUGUGGUAAAGGAGUUGUUUAACGAUUUUGAUAAAGAUGGUAAUAACACAAUUGAUGAACCAGAAUUCGUCGAUGGACUAAAAAAAUGGGUUGAUAAAGCCAUCCAUUCUGCUAAUUCCUCAGACAAGGCAAAAAUUAUUGAUGAAUAUGACAAGAUUGUGGAGAAAAAACUGGUGCAUGGAAAGUCAUUAGUAUGGACUAUUAUCAAAUCAGCAUUACAAGUGUGUCUGGGUAUUGUUAUAUUGACCUGUAUAGGAGGACCUCUCAUGGUUAGUAUCCUACAGUUAUCAUAUUCCAUGAGUGUACCUUCUUUCGGCAUCUCGUUUGUGAUAGUUCCGUUAGCCAUGAAUGCAAGAGCAGCAAUAGCAGCAAUCUUUCCAGCCAGUCACAAGAGUGAAAAGACUGCUUCUUUAACAUUUUCAGAGAUUUAUGGUGGAGUUGUAAUGAGCAACAUCUCAAAUUUGACAACACUGUUGGCAAUUGUGUAUGCGAAGGAUUUGACUUGGAAUUAUUCAGCUGAAGUUCUAACAGUUUUGGUCGUGUGCGCCAUAGUAGGAAUUCUAGCAUACUCGCGCACCACUUAUCCUCUUUGGACUUGCUUAUUAGCAUUUUUCCUUUAUCCAUUCUCCUUAGGUUUGUAUUAUUAUGCUCAAUUUGUUUGGCGCUGGAAUUAA